CCACUACCGUCAUCACCUCAUAUUCUCGCCGUCCGUUAAAUUUUGUAUCUCAUUUUUCUUCCCGGCGAGACACGUCAUCCCUAAAACCCUAAACCCUAAUUCUCUCUUUCAAAAUCCCCCCAAAUCAUUAAACCCUAAUUUUCAAUUGGAAAGGUAUGAGAAAUCACGCGCCUAAAUCACGUAAAGCUAAAAUACAGAACCGUUUAUCCGAAGUUCAAGAAAUUGAGCUUCUAGAAGCAUGGAUAGAAUCGGGUAAACCCGAAUCCGGUUCAAACCCGUUAUCAUUUGACCCAUUACCACAUAAAGCUCCAGUUGGACGCUUACCUGAUGGUUCAUUCUCUAAGUAUACUGGUUGUGAUAGUUUUAGCCAAUUGCCUGUUUCUAAGAAAACUAAAGAUGGGUUAACUCAGUGUAAAUAUAAAACUAUGACUGAUAUUCAAAGGGCUUCGAUCCCACAUUCUCUUUGUGGGAGAGAUAUUCUUGGCGCCGCGAAAACUGGUUCAGGAAAGACAUUGGCUUUUGUUAUUCCGGUGCUAGAGAAAUUGUAUAAAGCUCGAUGGGGACCAGAGGACGGUGUUGGAUGCAUCAUAAUGUCUCCCACAAGGGAGUUAGCAGGUCAACUUUUUGAAGUACUUAAAUCUGUUGGGAAGCAUCAUGGAUUUAGUGCUGGCCUUCUGAUUGGUGGCCGCAAAGAUGUCGACGCCGAAAAAGAGCAUGUUAAUGGGCUGAACAUCCUGGUCUGCACCCCUGGCCGGCUUCUUCAGCAUAUGGAUGAGACACCAAAUUUUGAUUGUUCACAACUUCAGGUUUUAGUUCUUGAUGAAGCAGAUCGUAUUCUUGAUGUGGGGUUUAAGAAGGACUUGAAUGCAAUCAUUUCACAAUUGCCUAAACAUAGGCAGACCUUAUUGUUUUCAGCAACCCAGACGAAGUCCGUUCAAGAUCUGGCAAGGCUCAGUCUGAAAGAUCCUGAAUAUUUGGGUGUACACGAGGAGUCUGAUACUGCAACUCCCAACCGCUUGCAACAAACAGCAAUGCUUGUUCCUCUUGAUAAGAAAUUGGACAUGUUAUGGAGUUUUAUAAAGGCACAUCUUAAUUCAAGGAUAUUGGUUUUCUUAUCAAGCUGCAAGCAGGUAAAAUUUGUUUUUGAAACUUUCAAAAAACUCCGUCCUGGGAUUCCACUCAAAUGUCUUCAUGGGAGGAUGAAGCAAGAUAGAAGGAUGGGAAUUUACUCCCAAUUUUGUGAACAACGUUCUGUUCUGUUCUCCACUGAUGUUGCUUCGAGGGGGCUUGAUUUUAAUAAGGCGGUUGAUUGGGUUGUCCAGGUGGACUGUCCUGAAGAUUGUGCUGCUUACAUACACAGAGUUGGCCGCACUGCUCGUUACCUUUCAGGGGGAAGAUCUGUUUUAUUCGUGAUGCCAUCUGAAAUGAAAAUGCUUGAAAAGUUGGAAGAGAAAAAGAUACCCCUUCGAGUUAUCAAGGCAAAUGAAAAGAGGAUACAGUCUGUCUCUGGCCUACUUGCUUCUUUAUUGGUCAAGUACCCUGAGCUACAGCAUCUGGCUCAAAGGGCUUUUGUGACAUAUUUGAAGUCCAUACACAAACAGAGAGAUAAAGAGAUUUUUGAUGUUACAAAACUUCCAAUUGAUGAAUACUCUGCUUCAUUGGGUCUUCCUAUGACCCCCAAAAUCCGAUUUCUGAAACAGAAACUCAAAGGGAAGACAGUGUCUGAAGCAUUAUCUCUCAUACCAGAGGACACGAGCAAUGAGAAUUUGUUGGAAUUUCCAGUUAAGAAGCUAGAUACAGGUAAAUCAGAUGUAGAGGAAGUGGAGGAAGAAGACCUCCUUCUAGCUAAGGAGACACAAGAAGCCGGAGAAAAGAUUAACAGCAAAGGAGAUGAUAUGCUGGCCACUAGAGUUACGAAGAAAAAGAAACUAAAGAUCAAUGUCCACAGACCAGUCGGGACAAGGGUUGUGUUUGACGAGGAAGGGAACACUUUACCUCCUCUUGCAAGAUUAGCAGCCACAAGCAGUGAUGCUGACUCUGUUCAGCUUAACAAAGAAAAAGUAAACCAGAGAUAUGCUGAGUUGAGAAAGAACUUGAAGGUGGCCGACAAGGAAGACAAGGAUUUGGACAAGAAACGUCGCAAAGAAAAACGAAUCAAGGAGAAGAUGAAGUCUAAGAGAGGGAGAGAGGAGGAAGAAGAACAAGAUGAAGACGUGUCUGGGUCAGACACGGAAAUCCCGCGAGGUAGAGUUGACAAGAAAACGAAGAUCUAUUUCGACAGUGAUGAUGAAGAUGGCGAGAGGACAGCGGACAAGGCUAAAGAGGGUAUUGCUGCUGAUUCCAUAUCUUUGGCAGAGCAGGAAGAACUGGCUCUGAAGCUGCUAAAUUCCAUGCACUCUUAAUGGAACAGAAUUUUGAUAGCUGUAGUUAAUACUGUUCUUAGCAUCAAUGCUGUUAAGAGUAACCUUGAAUAGUUCCAAUGGUAGAAAUUAUUGGGUCACUUACAGGGCAACAUGAAAUGAUUUUGGUUUAUAUAUAGUUGCUUUCUUGCACAACUUAAAGAAAAUGUAAUGUUUUUGUGCUUGAAAGAUUAAAGAGACUGUUUUUGUUGUGGUUUUCAA